AGGGGGUACAGUUACUCAAAGCUCCCCAAAACUGGCAACGGUGAGCUGAUCCAGGCUUCUUGGCGGCGUGUAUAGCAGCUCCGUGGUCGACGUCGCGAUGUUCAGCUCCGGGAGUGCGUUCUACUUCCAUUUAUAUCUUAGUUUAUCCUUCUCGCGUUGCAAUUGGCCUCGCGGUCGCUGAGUUCCGUGCUGACACAUCUUUUGCCAUCAUCCGCAGAUCGAAGUGGCGGCUUCGGGGCGCAGGGCAGUAACCCAUUCGGUCAGAAUCAAGGUACGACAGGAUAUACAGCUGCAAUUGCUCAAUAUGCGUAUGGGAGGGCGUGCUUGUGCUGUGGCGGACAGUGCAGGUGGACGAGCGGCUCUCGUGGAGGGCGUCAAGCUCUCUCGUCUUCUUUUACGGCCAGUUUUUGAGUCUUCCAGGUAUUGAUCGAUGCCUUCGCGUGUCCAGGAUCGACGACGGUGAACCCGUUUCAGCCCGGUAAUAAUGCUCCAGCCGUGAAGACGACGUUCGGGCAGAGCUCUGGCUUCGGCAGCCAGCCGCCGCUGCCUCCGGGCGGCUUGGCAGGCGCUCCAGGUGGCGGAUUCGGUAACCAACCACCUCUUCCCCCUGGAGGUCUAGCUGGAGCUCCUCCAGCACCGUCGGGAGGGUUUAGUAGAGCUUCAAGUAGCGGAAAUCCAUUCGGCCAGCAGAACAGCAAGAAGACUCAAAGCAGCUCGAGUACGACGUUCGGAUCGACAUCAUUUGGACAGAAGAACGUAUCUUCUUCCUCUAUGUCGACAGGUGCACACACGACGUUCGGAUCUGCGUCGAAUCCCGGCAAGAAUCGAGGUUCAGGGUUCGCUGGAAGUGCUCCUAAGGUGGCGUUCGGUGAGAGUGGAUCAGCGUCAUUUGGUGGAGGAAACACAGCAUUUGGUAGGAACGACAAUGGCUUCAGUGGGGGACAAACAGCCUUUGGUACAUCUAAGCGUGGACAGACUGGAUUCUCGCAAGACUCGAACGGAUUUGGAGCUGGAAGUACAGGAGCACCAACACCGUUAUCGUCGCCAGGUUCAUCGUAUGGAAGCCAGGCGUCGGGUGUUAAAGUGCGGAAGAAGCAGAUUACUUCGAAUGCUGCGUCCUCUGCUCGUGCAGACAACCCUUUUGUCAACAGUGGUGGAGCUUCAAGUGGUCCAACUGUUCAGACAACUUUUGGUGGAUCGGGUGGUAGUGGCUUUAAAACCUCCCCGUCAUUUGGAAAGACCUCUCCUCCUAGUAACGCUACCACGGCAUUCGGUAAUGCUUCCGAUAAACGACAAUCUGCUCCAAAAUUCGGCUCAGAGGCUACAGCAGGAUUCGUGAACUCGGACAAAAUGGCGUCUAUGGAAGCGCGAAUGAAUGGUGGCAAGAAAUCACAGUUUGGAAAAAGCAAACGCUUUGGAGCCACGGAGCAGGACGCGAAUCCUUUUGGCCAGCAGUCCAAGCCCAGGAUCAGUCCAAAGUUUUCUCAAGAUGGAGGUGCUUUUGGCGGAGCUAAGGCGCCUAAGACAAGUCCAACACAUGACAAACCUGGAAAAAAUCGGCAAGGAAAACAAAAGAAAAAGGCACCAAGCACAAGUGAUGACGAGACUACAUUCGUGCCGUCUGCUUCUACGUCCCGAGAUGAGAACAGCAAGGCGGAGCUGUCAGCCGCUAAAAAUCUGGAUGGCCUUUGUGUUGAUAUGUGUAGUCCAGCGGAACGGGAGCUGCAUAUUCGAGUAGAUGAAUUGAGCGUCUUCGAGAAGUGCUUCCCUGAUCGUCCAGGAUCCGAGCGCGAUAUGAUCAUCAAGCGUUUCCAGCGCAGUUCAGCUGAUCACAAGUUGGAUAUUCCAGAGGAGAUCCGUCCUCCUGGUGUUCUUCGACGCACACAACUGUAUAUCGAGCAAGCAAUCAUGGAUCUGGACCAAUGCGGCUUGGAUCCUCGCUUCCAGACGCCACGAGUUCCAGAGCCCAUCGAGCUGUACAACUUCUGCUGGGACCGGUUUAGAAUGAUUCGCAAAGAUUUUUUCCUGCAGAAUUAUCGCGGCGCGGGUGGUCGCGUGCACCCCAUUGCGCUUGACAUUCACGAGCGGAUCGCUCGAUACCACGUGCUUAGUGAACAUGAACUCAUUGAAACUCCGAGCUUCGUGGCUCAACAAAAUAUGGAGCAGCUGGGACAAACGCUCAAGUCGCUGAACGAGCUGUACGACGAGAGCCAAAAGGUUGGGGAUCCUGCGUACUUGAGUCCUUUUGAGGCUGAGUGUCGCGCAUAUUUCAUCUUGUGUACACUGGACAAUGGUCGUGGCAUGGAUGUAUUGAAAUAUGUCAAGAAUAUCCCACGUCACAUCCUGGAAAGCCCGCACAUGAAGUUCGCGAUGCGCGUGUUUGUUGCGCGUCAUACAGGUGACUACUUCCAGUUUUUCUCCUUGCUUCGACAAGCGACGUAUCUGCAGUCGUGUUUGCUCUUCCGGUAUAUCCCGAACGUUCGGUCGUCGGCGUUGCUUCGUAUGAAUCGGGCUUACCGCAGCCAAACGUAUCCUCUUGAGGAUCUGGUGGAGCUGCUAUGCUUUGACGACAUUGAACAUGCCUACGCAGUGUGCCAAGAACAUCAGCUGAGGAUAUCCGGCAGACCAGGUGCUGGCGAGGACAGCUCAAUUAUGGUCAAGUUCGGUGGUGACUUUGAAACAGAUGUCCAGCUACGACGGAAUAAUACGCCGCUGAAGAUUCGCAGCUCCAAGAUUUAUGUCGGGAUGAAGCAAGGCAACUAUCUACGCCGAGAUAUCUGCCGCGGCGUGACCGAAUAUGCUCGAGACGAAUAUCCAGCCCUCAGCAAAUUGAUCCAAGAUCUUGAACGCGAGGAGCAGACGAGACUGUACCCCGAUAGACCAGCGUAUGAAGACGACUACUCUUACUUCGUUGACUACAACGAAGGAGCUGCGAUGGCUCCGUCAGUGAAUGCUCAUGCUCACAAGCAGCCGGUAGUUGAUGACCAGAAAAGACACGAGCUUGAUGCGAUUACACAGCGAAAAAUGGAGCUGGAGCAGAAGAAACAAGCGAUGCUAGAACGAAUGCGCGAGCUGGAGAAGGCGAAGGAGGAGAAGACUCGACGUGAGCAAGCGGAUAAGGAGGCUGCUCAACAGGCUGCUCACCUUGAAAAGCAGAAGAAGCAGGAAGCGGUUGCCCGAGCUCAAGCCGAAAAGGAAGCGGCCGAGGCAAAGCGACAGCAAGAAGCGCUCGAAGCCCAGCUACGCGAACAAAAGAAGCAGGGGGAGUUGGAAGAGCAGCGUCGAAAGGCUGAAGAAGCCGCUCGUGAAGCAGAGCGACAGCGACUUGAAGCUCUGCAACGAGCGGAGGCUGCGAGGAUAAAGGCUGCGGAGGAAGAGCGACGUCGACAGGAAGAGAAACGACAGGAAGAACUUCGGCGGAAAGCAGCAGAAGAACGCGAACGCCGUCGCCAACAAGAGUUGGCAGAGGAGCGAGCACGUCAAGCUCGUGAAGCUGCACUGGAAGCGCAACGACAAGCUCAAUUGGCCAAGGAGCGAGAUGAAAGGAAGAGGGUGCGUCGUAUUGAGAAGCAGCGACUUGCUGUGUUGAAGCUGAGACUGCAUCUGUGGAAGAAAUAUGUACGAGUCUCACGCCACGGUCCUGGGCCAGUUUCAAUUGCGUCGAAGCUUCGACUUGAUCAGCCUCAUCAAAAGGCAAGAGACAGCAUGCAGUGGUUAUUCACAGGAGCCAACGGAUCGUCAAUUGGUACGAAGCGAUUGAAGCAAUUACCGAGAGCUAAAGAGAAGGCAUCACCGUCAACUGAAGAGCUGUUGUUGCUGUGGAAGUCGGAAGAUAUUCUAGUACUGGUUGGUCCUCCACUUCGUCUACAAAACCCUGGAGUUCCGUCUAUCGCGUGGAAGUUGGUGAUCGCAGAUCUGCUGGACGGAGCGUCUUCGUCGUUCGGUUUAUGGUGCGCAGUCAAAGCUGGAGCACAAGAUGUCUCUACACCCGAGCACGAUUGUCAACGCAGUUAUCACUCAAGCAAUGGUGUUGCUGUGUGCAGUCGGUAUCUUGAUUCGACGUUCGCUCAGCGAAACACGCGCGAGAUGCAGCAAAACAAGCUCGCUGCAACGUCGGCUAUCUUACUCCCGGUUGAUCUGAGUACACUGCAGCAAGCUGGUAAUAGCAAUGCCUUGGAACAGCAAGUUGGUCAGCUACUGUCGUUACUGAGCAACGGGUGCCGCGUGACUGUAAUUGCUGUGGGGUUCGCUUCAGUAGAUAUCCAGUCCUCGCGAGGGUUACUCCUGAGUACACUUAGAAGUUGCAUGGAACGAGUGCAAAAGCGAUUCUCUACACAACUGGCUCACGUCAGUACUGAGCUGGUCGAUGCUGGUGCUCUUCUCCCUCACAAGUUCAGUCUAGUGCUGACGAAGAUUGCAGACAUGUCUCCUCCUGUACGGCACCUCAAGAGUGUGGGUUUGAAGGAACUUCUAGAGGGAAGUGUCAGGGCCAUGUUGAACCACUUUGAGUCGUCUAUUGGUAUCCAGAGUAGCAUCUGCGCUGUCUUCCCAGGUGUACGUCAAGAUAUUUUAUCAUCCGGCGUUAUGGAUGUCGUCUACCCACCACCGGAGCUGCAGUUUGCUGUCGUUGAUCCCCCGCGUGGUUGGAACUCCCAAGAGCGCAAGCACGAGAUCCGAACUGUAUUGACGGCGCUUGAAGAUACGCGCAUUGCUGUUGAGACAUCCUCGGUGACUCGUGAUCAAACGUGCGACGUGUACUUUAAAAAAGUGGAGAGCUUUAUCGACAGACUGUUCCUGUCGUAUCCAGCGGCCACUGCGGUGUCGACGUACGAGCUCAAGAAGCGGAUUUACUGUUCUCUUCUCCCAAUCCAUGAAGGACUGACUCAAGAUAACAAGACGGAACAAGUGACACCACGAGAAGCAGAUGUAUUGCUGCCCUGGCGGAAGAUAUUCGAGGAGAUCUACGAGACGUUCUUCGAGACGCUGAGUGAUAUUACUAUCUACUAUCCAGCGGGCUGGCGUGGCUUCGGAUCAAGUCUAAUGGACGCUGUGCACACGUCGGCACCGAAGCUGGUGGAUUCCAGUGGGAAAACGAAGCGUGACGUUGCUGUUGUGAAGCAGCCAGUGCACGUAUCGAUGCAGAGUGUACGAAAGAGCUUUGGAGCAUUGAGAGCGGUGCACGAGUCAACGCAGAAGUACAAGGCGGUGGGCGAAAUGAAGCGACUUCGAGUUGAGAUCGAGAAGGAGCGUGCGGCCACCUCACAGUUCCAACGCAUGCUCCGCCAGGCGCUCAAUCGCUGGGAAGACUAGACAUUGCAUUGAAUAGGUGAAGAGCAUGAGUAACUCGACGACAGCAUCUGAGACCUUGCUACGUCAGUCAGCGACAAUAACUCUCCUCAUUUUUAUGUAGGGUAGAACAAAUUCAAUCUAGCAGUUUUCAUGAAUGCUUAAAGGCUCCAGUAACAGGUUCAUUCUUUCCAUAUUAUGUAGUA